CCGCCGCGCGGCGACCGAACCCAUGUCCGGCGCCCGCGCCGAGACGCCGCGCGAAGACGCCGCGCUGCUCGAGCGCGACGUCGAACGCGUCGUCGACGUCGAACGCGCGUCACUUGGCGCGCGCACGAGCGACGCGCGCGCGCGAACGCCGAGGGUGUUGGCGCUCGCGGUCGGACUCGGCGCGCUCGGUGCGCUCGGCGCGUGCGCGCUGGCGCGCGCGACGACGCCGAUCGCACCGCGCGAAACGCACGCGCUCGGCGUCUCGAACGCGGGAUGGCUGAACGUGCGCCGCGACGCGGUUCCUGACGCGGCGCGUUUGGGUGUUGACGCGACGACGACGAGCGAGGCGACGGAAACCGAUGAAUUCGACGUCGACGCGUGGUUGGCGAACCCUCGACCGGUGUACGAGAGCACGAGUUUCACGGUCGAGCGUUCGGCGAGCGCUUGGGCGCUGGUCGUGCGGGACGCGCGCGAGCUUUGGAAGAUUCCGGUGAAUAAACGCGGCGGCGGGUACCGGUUGGGCAACGUCGUCAAGCGGCGGGGGAAAGGGUGGUUGAACGCGCGAUCGGCGGUCGUGGAUCAGCCGGAGAUGUAUAAGGAUACGUUAGUGUAUUCGUUUUUAGAGGCUCGAACGGAGGGCGUGCGGGCGUUCGCGGCAACGGUGGCGGCGCGAGAGCGGAGCAAGCGAACGCUCUCGCGAUCGGCGCUGGCGGAGGUGCUUCCGCGAUCGAUCGUCAUGCCCAUGCGAUUGAGCGAUAAAGUGGCCUUCAUGGAAAGGAAUGAAAAGUUGAUCGUAGACGCCGCGCUGGAUUUUCGGCGAUCACGAUGCCCAGAGGCGUGCAAUCAAUUCGUGGUGUCGCUGUCUCUCGUCUGGGGUGGCGACGAAGACGGGAAAUUCUUGUACGACGACGACGAGUACAAGGAGUCGAUUCGCGUGUUGCGUUCGCUAUUUGCGUACGCUAAGGAAAAUUUUCCACCCGGUUUCGAGCUCUCGAUCGCGGUGACGUCGGACGCGGACGACGCUAUGACGAUGUACGCGUAUGCGCCGCAUUUGAUGGCCAAUCCGAUCGACUCCGCGAGCACCAUCAUCGAGCUGGCGCACGAGGUCAACGCUCUUAUCACCCGCGACGGAGGUGAACAAACGUUAUUAAACUAUUACGACGGUCAGUUGGCUCGCCGACGAAAGGAUAUCGUCGCGAUGGAGCGUUAUCGCGCGCGCCUGCACGAUUUCCGCGACGCCAUCGAGCGAGCGCGUCUCACCGCGGAGACGUCUGAGCGCGCUCGCACCGCCGUCUUCGCCCCGAACUGGUUCGACAUACUUCGCAGACGCAUGCAAUGGCCCGAAGACGUCGACAUGGACGCCCUCGAUGGCGUGGAUGAGGCUCUCUUUUCCGAAGUCCUCUUCGGCGUCAGCGAGCCGUCCGUCUCGAUCGGUCGUCGUCCGUCAAAAGUCAUAGUUCUAGCCCACGAUGACGUCCUGGAGCGUCGUUCGUCUUAA